UAGAAGAGUACUUAAAUAAUUCUGACAAAAAUAUUGUUUAUGAAAUACCUAAUGAUGAUCAAAUUAUUUUAGACCUUGUUAAAACAUUUGAAAAAAGAUCUGGCAAAAUAGAAAAUAAUUUCAAAGAA